UGCGAUGUCUCUCGCUCAGCUGCCUCCUGCGCGGCUCUUCUCUCCUCCUCCAUCGGCGCAGCAGCGCGAGAAUCGCUGCGGCGUUCAUCGAAAUCUCCAUCGCCGCGGGUGUGCGCCUGCGAAAUUCGUAGCGGCGGCGGCGCAGGAUCACAACGCGGAGCCGGAUGAGUGGGAUGUGAGCCGGAGCUGCGUGAAUCCGGUGUUUAGAGGCCCCAUUUUCCAGGAGCCUAGCAAGGGCGAGCGGCUCUAUGUUGUGUUUGCCAGCGAAGGGAAUGUGUGCCGGUCUAUACUUGCGGAGGCCAUUUUCAACAAGCUCGCGCAAGAAUCCGGCCUCUCGGACCUUGUGGAAUGCAAAUCAAAGGCUACAAAGGAGUACAAUGUCGGUGAAUCUCCCGAGCCUCAGGCUAUCCAAGUCGCGGAGGAACGCGGGCUAAAGCUCCCGGAUGGAGCAGUGUCUAAGAUGUUUGAGAACCCCACAGACAUCGUAGAGGCGGAUUUGAUCAUUGUCAUGGACAAGGGCUGCGGCCGGAUAUUGGAUUCGGCAGUUCAAUGCGUCGGACUUGCUGAAGCAAAUAGUUUUGCAAGAGGUUGUUGACAAGAGGACUUCUUACUCGCACAAAGUACGUCGGCUUGGAGACUUUUGUAAAUCGCGACUGAUAGAAGAUAUAGAUGAUCCUCUUUACGGCAAUAUGGGAGGCCCGGAAGAACUU